AUGGCUUGCACUUUCGUCACACUACCAACCCCCUUGCCGUCCAAACCCAACACUGCUUCUCUGUCCAACAGCCAGAAGCUACUCGCAGUUUCGCUCAAGUCUGCGAAGGAACAAUUGAGAGUCAACGCAAUUGCCACGAAAUGGGAACCCACCAAGUUGGUUCCGCAAGCUGACACACUGCUAAUUCGUCUCGAGGAGCUCCCUCUGAAAUCAGCUGGAGGAGUUUUGCUGCCCAAGUCAGCUGUUAAAUUUGAACGCUAUCUUAUGGGAGAAAUUCUUUCUGUUGGUGCUGACGUUGGGGAAGUGAAGGCUGGAAAGAAGGUUCUUUUUUCGGACAUAAAUGCAUAUGAGGUGGAUUUGGGAGUAGAUGGGACUUGGGAGGCAUUGGUUCUGCAAAGAGAGUGAAAUAUUGGCCGUAGUCGAAUAAAGUUUCAGCUCCGAGUAGGUACAAUGGUUUACAUGAUUGUUUCGUGAGACUUUUCGUUGCCAGGAUGUUUUUCCUUGUAGUGUCUCCUAACUCCCAAAACUAUAUAUUCAAUCCAAUUUGUAAACAACACUUUUCUCCAUUAAUUUUUAGACUUUGAUCUUCAA